AGAUUAUUUUGCCUAAGCAUGAAGAAAACAAAAAGAGCAUUGUUCACGUAUGCACACUGGCAUUAAAUCAGGCAGCAAGCUAGAAGUAUACACUGUGAAUUGAACGUGCUUGAUGAAGUCACCUUGUUCAUUUUGUCUUUGAUUAUACCCGAUGCCUUCUCAUCCCCAGCCUGCAGGCCCGCCUGCAGCUCUCUUCGUCGAGCGACCCAGCUCGUCGAAGCGAACGCGAGAGGUGGUGUUUCCCUCGGACAUGGUCAAAGCGCGUAGGACACAGCAUUUCGGCGACAUAGACGAUGAGUUUGCGCGAAAGCAGAUAUCGAGAAACUUCUUUGAUCCACCCAGUAAGGCAACGCACACUCUUCGGAAUCAAAACGAGCUCGCAAACCCGCACGACGACCAGUUGUAUGACAACGACGAUGCUUUUGUUGAAGAUCAUGACAGUGUUGAAGUGAUCUACAGCGACGCAGAAGUGAUGUUCUUGGGUGGGAGAGAGGCUGGACGAGCACUGGAACACGACGAGACGAUGGAUCGGCCAGCAAGAGAUUUCUUACCGUGGGAGCUUGGUGGUGAAGGUCGUGGGCGUGAAGGAAGAAAUUCUAGAAGGUAAACGGAUCAAAUUCAGUUUCGUGUAUGUGCUAGCGCUAGGCGCAUAAUCUCUAGUAGUAGCGCUUUCCUCGUCUUCAUUGUCCUUCGCCUUUGAUGUGAGUGCCCUAGUUGACCACUUCAUCACCACACCAGAUCCCGAGGAGCUGCUCCUGUAUCACCAGCAACCUCCUCUUCGCGACAUCAAUAUGUAGCAAGUGGCACACUCCCGUCCACGCCUGCCUCCGGUGCGCCGAACACCUCCCCGAGUACCACAC